AAAUUAGAAGUGUCAAAAAAUGCUAACAAGAUGGCCGAAGGAAAGGAAUGAAGCUUCCUUUCUUUAUAAACUUAUUUGAAAACAAAUGUUACAAAAAUAUUGCAAAAUGGGUGAAAUAGACAUUAAUAUAGAGGGUUACAAUGUAAAUGGAAUAUGUGUUGGUUGUUUGAAUUACGACCGAAAGAUGUUCUAUGUCGAAGAAGUUAAAGAUUGUUUUAAAUUACUAGCAAAUAUUGAUGUCCCAGAUGGUCUCUCGAUCCAAGUGUGCUGGGAAUGUCUGGCUGCGGUCAGGGCCGUUGGUCGUUUUCAAGCACAAAUCCUUAAAUCUUAUGAGGUCCUCAUCAACUAUUCUAGAAAGCAUACAUUCCUCAACUCCCCAGCAGACUUCACAGCUCACGCCACAACUCGGCUGACCAUGAACACGAUAGAGCUUCAGUCAAAUGACCAGCCGAGCACACCGCCACCUGCUGACGAGUACAUGAUGGAUAUAGACCUCAAAAUAGAGGAUAAUAAAGAAUCCCACUAUGAAUCUGAUAAUUCCGCCUCAAAGAAGGAUGACUAUGUGGGUGGAUCACAUUUCUCCGAAGAUUUGUCUCAAGAACAAUACGCAACGUCCGAUGACGACGUUCAACUAUCGAAGUUGAAGACGGAGAAGACUAAAAAGAAGGAAAAGAGAGAGAAGAAAGGAAAGAAAGAGAAGAGUAAAACAGAACUGGCCCCGAAGCCACCAGAACCAAAACCGAAUAACCGUCGAUUGAAAAACCUGCCCGAAGGCCUAGUGGAACUGUACACCAUGACAGAGGAGGAGAUGUGGCAGAUCAGAGCCGAGGAUGUGGCCAGCAAAGUGUUCACCAAACUGAAGUACAGAUGUGAUAUGUGCCUUAUUGGUUUUAAUACAGAGAAGCUUAUGAACGACCACAUGAAUGGGAAACAUAGGCCGAAAGGCGACAACUGCCACCAGUGCGACGUGUGCCAAGCGUACUUCCUGACGAAGGAGAACGUGUCGGCGCAUCGUGCUUUACACGCGACGGCGUUCCGCUGCCGGCGCUGCGGCGUACGCACCUCGCUCAAGCGGCUCGUGCAGCGCCACGCCGCCGCACACGCCGCCCAGCAACACCAGUGCGCUUCCUGCGGCGCCCUCUUCAGUACAAAGUCCAAGCUGACGUACCACAGGAGCAUCUGCCGCCGCGAGCGGCCGCAGUGUGACUGCUGCGGCAAGGUAUUCGCCAAUAAGAUGACUCUGAAGUACCACCUCAAAUUACUACCACAGAAUAAAGAAGACAAGCCAAAGGAAAAACUGUACAUUCCGUGUAAAGGCUGCGACAAAGUGUUCCAUUCGAAAAAGAGUUACAGAUCCCACGUCGUGAUCCACGAGGGCGUGUCGUACCCGUGCCCCACGUGCGGCAAGCUGUUCCAGUGGAAGCGCAACCUGGCGCGGCACGCGCGCAACCACCGCGAGCGCGAGCAGGGCGCCACGCACGAGUGCCGGCCCUGCAACAAGAGCUUCGCCAGCCGCGACUGCUACAACAACCACAUGCGGCUCAGCAAGCGCCACGUCGCCGAGGACACCUACGUACACGAAUGCAGCUACUGCGGCAAGAAGUUCCCAACCAAAUGGUGUAUGGUUGACCAUAUAGAUUGGGAUCACCUCAAACGGAUCAAGUAUCAGUGUCGGGUUUGUUUCAAGGCCUUCAAAACUGCGAAAAUAAUGGUGGCCCAUAUGAACAAUAUACACGAAGGGAAAAGGAAUAAGGAGCCGGAUGGGGAGCACUUGUGUGAAAUAUGUGGGAAAUCAUAUAAGACUGUGAAACGGUUGAAAGGCCACGUAUGGGCAAUGCACACCAACCGGUCCACGACAAAGAGUUUCAAAUGCAAGCUGUGCCCAGCCACAUUCACCUGGCAGACAUCUAUUUACAAGCACGUGAAGAUAAUGCACGAAAACAAACGGGGAAAGUUACAUCAACCUCGAGCGCAGCCAAUUCCGAAGAAAGAGGAGACCUACCCAGGAAUCGAUCUGGCGAACCGCAUGCACUAUUUCCAACAGAGCGUAUCUAACACCAUCGCACCGGUACACCCUGUAGCUAUUAUACAGAAUGUUGUUUAAUUGUGAAACUGACGGCCCACCUGAUGGAAAGUGGUAACCGUCGCCUAUAGACAUGAGCAGUGCCAUGCACAUAACAGAGUAUACUGUUUCGCCCAUGAUACCCCCCCAUACGUUGCCAUUCCUGAGGACUCGGGUGUUAUUCCUCUGUACCCUGUAAAUUCACUGCCAUAUCCCACCCUUGAAAUCGAAACACAGCCAUGCAAAUACAACUGCUUCACGGUUGAAACACGAAUGGGACAGAGGUAUCCAAGCAAACGAUUUUUGUGCAAAGUCUCCCUCUGGUAAAAAUGUAUAAUAAAAUAUCUGCAUUAUUAAAAACAAAUGAAUACCAUAAGACAGUCCGCUGAUGUCCAAAUGUAGUAUAAAUCAAGUUUUCAGGCGAAACCGCAUGUUGAUAGACCUGAUAGGGCAUUUUUUUAUGGGUGAUAAUGGUAUGGUAACCCCGUUUGCGCUAUCGGUAUACACUGGCGGGGCACCAGCGAUAGAUGACUGAUGAGGAUGAAAGCAGGUCAGUUAGUUCAUCCUGAUGAAUUCAACUAGAAUUAGCCACGAUGGUUUUCAAGUGUAACCGCGUGGAGGCCGACCUGACAGGAUAUAUUGCUAGCAAUGGGGCUAUUUGAUCCCAUUGCUAACAAUCUCUUUCCCCCCAAUAGGUUAUAUUAGGGGGAAAGGGAUUGUUAGUAAUGGGUUCUAAUUGACCCAUUGCUAGCAAUAUAGCAGCCUAUCACGCGACAGGGAGGAACCCUGUACACCAACGUGGUUAAUUCUAGUGGAAUUCGUCACGAUGGGCUAACUGACCUGCCUUUUCAUUCUCACCUAUCAUCCCUCACUGGUGCCCCGCCAGCGUAUACUGUUAACGCAGGCGGGGUUACCAUUCCAUUAUCACCUAUUAAAAAAGAAAUUAGGGUAUUUUUUUUAUACCACUGAGGUGGCAAACAAGCAUACGGCCCACCUGAUGGUAAGCGGUUACCGUAGCCUAUGAACGCCUGCUAUACCAGAGGUAUUACGCGCGCGUUUGCCGACCCUGAAGAAACCUCUUUACCCCCCUUUUGAAGAACCCCAUGCUGUAGUCUCUUAGCAGUGGGGCUGUUAGAGCCAAUUACUAACAAUCCCUUUCCCUCCCAAUCAUAUAUAGGAUGUCUCAUUUAGUUGGACAAAUUGUUUCAACUAUAUUAUUUGUAUACUUGUGUAGUUUUCAUUUUUAACUUCGAAUUUGGGACAUUCUGUAUAUAAUAUAAAUACUAUCUAUUAUAUACAUGAAGUCGAGGUACUCGAAUAGUUAAUUAUGUAUAAUCAUGAAUUUUAAGAACAAAAUAUGCCAUAAUAUUAAAGUAUUUUUAAUUUAUAACUAUAUUUAAGUUUAGUCAAGAUAUUUUUUUUUAUACAAAGUCAUAAUUAUGUAAUAAAAUUUAUAAACUUAAAUUU